GAUCUAGGGUUUUAAGGUUUUUGUGUGUGUUUGUUUGUCUUUCUGAUUGGAAAAUUCAUUAGGUCCCAAUUUAGGGGUUCGGGAAAUGGCACGGUUUGUUCUGCCAUCAAAGACUCUGGCUUUUUCGAAGAGGAGCCUAUUGGGUUUGAUCUCCCCUGUUCCUCUUCAGCUCAAUUGUUCCGUUAAUUGUUUUCAGAAUACAGCAAAAAGUACCAUCAGAUUGAGGCAUUUCCUUGCACCAGAGGUCAAUCUGCGAAGGAAGUGUUACCCAUUUUUCCCCUCAGAAUCAAAGAUCAAGCAAGUCAGCAAGAGGCAAAUUUGUUCGGUUGCCACAGAGGACUUGGCAAAGGAAGUUGAAGAACCUAAAAUGGAGACACCGAAAGAAAUAUUCUUAAAGGAUUACAAAAUGCCUGAUUAUUUUUUUGAUACUGUGGCUCUGAAAUUUUCCUUAGGAGAGGAGAGGACAAUAGUUACCUCUAAAAUUACUGUGUUUCCUCGUGUUGAAGGUUCUUCUGCUCCACUAGUUUUAGAUGGACAAGAUUUAUCUUUAGUGUCAAUUCAGGUUAAUGGCAAAGCUUUGAAGAAGGAGGAAGAUUAUCGGUUGGAUGCACGCCAUCUAACAAUCCUUUCCCCUCCUAGUGGUAGAUAUGAUCUUGAAAUCGUUACAGAGAUCUACCCCCAGAAUAACACAUCAUUGGAGGGGCUUUACAAGUCAUCUGGCAAUUUCUGUACUCAAUGUGAGGCUGAAGGCUUCCGUAAGAUUACAUUCUAUCAGGAUCGCCCAGAUAUAAUGGCAAAAUAUACAGUUCGCAUUGAGGCAGACAAAUCUCUAUAUCCAGUGUUAUUGUCUAACGGAAAUCUGCUUGAAGAAGGUGACUUGGAGAAUGGCAAGCAUUAUGCUGUUUGGGAGGACCCCUUCAAGAAACCUUGCUAUUUGUUUGCCUUGGUUGCUGGGCAAUUACAGAGCAGAGAUGACACGUUUAUUACCCAUUCAGGGAGGAAGGUCUCCCUUAGAAUCUGGACCCCUGCAGGUGACCUGCCUAAGACUGCGCAUGCCAUGUAUUCUCUGAAAGCUGCUAUGAAGUGGGAUGAAGAUGUUUUUGGACUUGAAUAUGACCUGGAUCUCUUUAACGUUGUUGCUGUCCCAGAUUUUAACAUGGGAGCCAUGGAAAACAAGAGCUUGAAUAUCUUCAAUUCCAAGCUUGUACUGGCUUCUCCUGAAACGGCAAGUGAUGCAGAUUAUGCUGCAAUUUUGGGAGUUAUUGGCCAUGAGUAUUUCCACAACUGGACUGGCAACAGAGUGACAUGUCGCGACUGGUUCCAGCUUAGUUUGAAGGAAGGUCUUACUGUUUUCCGUGAUCAGGAAUUUUCAUCUGACAUGGGAAGUCGAACUGUAAAGCGGGUUGCUGAUGUUUCUAAACUUAGGAAUUACCAGUUUCCACAGGAUGCAGGUCCCAUGGCUCACCCAGUGAGGCCACACUCUUACAUCAAGAUGGACAACUUCUACACUGUGACGGUCUAUGAAAAGGGGGCUGAAGUUGUCAGAAUGUACAAAACAUUACUUGGAAGUCAAGGGUUCCGGAAGGGCAUGGAUCUUUACUUUAAGAGACACGAUGGACAAGCUGUUACAUGCGAAGAUUUUUUUGCGGCCAUGAGAGAUGCAAAUGAUGCAGAUUUUGCAAAUUUCUUACUAUGGUACUCUCAAGCUGGGACCCCUAGUGUCAAAGUUAAUACUUCUUACAAUUCUGAAGCACAUACUUUCUCUUUGAAGUUUAGCCAAGAGAUACCACCAACCCCAGGGCAACCAGUUAAGGAACCAAUGUUCAUUCCCAUUGCACUAGGCUUGCUUGAUUCAACUGGCAAGGACAUUCCUCUUUCAACUAUUUAUCAUGAAGGGACGCUGCAAUCUGUUUCAAGCAAUAAUCAACCGGUCUUCAAUACGGUUCUUAGAGUCACCAAGAAAGAAGAAGAGUUUGUCUUCACUGAUAUAUUUGAGAGGCCUGUUCCAUCUUUGUUAAGGGGAUAUAGUGCUCCUGUACGUCUUGAAUCUGAUCUCAUAGAUGAUGAUCUGUUUUUCCUUCUAGCUAAUGAUUCGGAUGAAUUCAACCGCUGGGAGGCUGGACAAAUUUUGGCACGUAAACUGAUGCUAAACUUGGUUAACGAUUUGCAACAUAACAAAGCAUUGGUUCUGAACCCCAAGUUUGUGGAGGGAUUCAAGCGUAUUCUAUGUGACUCUAGCCUGGACAAAGAAUUUGUGGCAAAGGCAAUUACCCUGCCAGGUGAGGGAGAAAUAAUGGAUUUGAUGGAAGUUGCAGAUCCUGAUGCUGUUCAUGCCGUUCGAACCUUCAUCAGGAAGCAGCUUGCAAGUGAACUGAGAGCAGAAUUCCUCAGCACUGUGGAAAAUAAUAGGAGCUCAGGAGAAUAUGUGUUUGAUCAUCCAAACAUGGCCAGGCGUGCUCUCAAGAAUGUUGCUCUUGGUAUGACACUAUACCUUUCUUUUAUAUAUAAGAUGCAUUUACACGCGAUCUUGUCAAAUAUGACUGAGCAGUUUGCAGCCCUGGCUGCCAUAGCCCAGAACCCUGGUAAAACCCGUGAUGAUAUUCUUCAUGACUUCUAUGGCAAGUGGCAACAUGACUUCUUGGUGGUGAACAAAUGGUUUGCCCUUCAAGCAAUGUCUGAUGUUCCCGGUAAUGUUGCCAAUGUGCGGAAACUGAUAAACCACCCUGCAUUUGAUCUGCGCAAUCCCAACAAAGUGUACUCCCUCAUUGGAGGGUUCUGUGGUUCUCCGGUGAACUUCCAUGCAAAGGAUGGAUCAGGCUAUGAGUUCUUGGGAGAAAUUGUUGUGCAACUUGACAAAAUUAAUCCUCAGGUUGCGUCACGAAUGGUAUCAGCCUUCUCAAGAUGGAGGCGUUAUGAUGAGAACAGACAAAAACUUGCCAAGGCCCAGCUGGAGAAGAUCAUGUCCGUUAAUGGAUUGUCUGAGAAUGUGUUUGAGAUUGCUUCCAAAAGCUUAGCUGCUUAAGUUACCUGAAAGUAUUAAUCACUUGAUGACUGGUAUUAAAAACCGCCAAGCUCCUUUUAUUUAUAAAGGUUUCUAGGCACAUGCAAAUGAGCAAUCUUUUGGACGAUUCUGAAUAACCUCGUUAUCUUUUUUCAAGCAUGCCAUGCUUACUCUUCUCUUGUAGUGACUCGAUUCCGUCGUCGAUUUCAGAUAGUACAUAUAAACACUGCAAUAAAUGGAGUAAAAAAAUUACAAGGUUAUCUCGGUUUUAUAAAGUAGGUUAUUUAUCGUUUCCUAUUUAAAUUUGGCAUGUUGCCAUCUUUUGCUUUCAGGUUCGGUAUUUUAAUAAUGAUUUGAGAAUUGUGAUUAACCUUUGUUUCAUGGCCCUUCCUAGUCGAUGAUAGUGAUGAUACCAAUGCAGCAGGCUGUUUUGGUAGCAUUGAUAUUUGUUGAA